CCCAAAUUUUGGGGCACCACGUUUAUGUGUACCGUCCCGUCAGAUUAGCAAGAGCAGGGAUAUCUCCAUAGCUCCCUAUCCCUGAAUACGCCUAUUGUGCUCGAAAGCCAUAACAAUAGUCAUAAACCGGUAGCGGCAAGAGGUCGAAGACUAUUGCUUGUCAUGGCGUUGCCGGCAAAUUGUAAGCGCAUCUCUAUCAAACAGAAGUGCCAUGUCCAAGAGGCCAGAGCUUUGAAGGACUUCCAGGAGCCUCACUUCACUAUCUACGAAGAUGCAUUCCUGGAAGUGCUCGGCAGCGCUCCGAGCAUAGAGCUUGGAGUCCAGAAGGACUGGCCGUUUGCUCACGAAGCUGGAGUCUACUUUCCCGACCAGGACGCGAUAUACAUCACCAGCAACACAUUGCCAUCGCCUUCUGGUAAGACGAUAAAAAUAGGCAAACUUACCAGGACAGAAGGCAAAUGGCAAUACGAGGAGAUCCAGACCGAUGUAGUUAUGGGUAACGGCGGAAUCAACUACGAAGGCGGAGUGCUCUUCUGCGAUCAAGGUCACAUGGAUACGCCAGGUGGUUUGGUCCUCAUGGAAGCCAGUCCACCAUAUUCAACUCGAACGCUCAUCUCUUCAUAUCACUGGCGGCAAUUCUCCAGCGUGAACGACGUGGUGAUUCAUACCGAUGGAUCUAUUUGGUUCACCGACCCGAUCUAUGGCCACGAACAGGGAUUCCGACCCGAACCUCAGUUGCCGUCACAGGUGUACAGGUUCGAUCCAGCGUCUGGAGACAUUCGAGCUGUUGCCGAUGGCUUCGGCCGCCCUAACGGCCUUUGCUUCUCGCCGGAUGAGAAGACGAUGUACGUGACCGAUACAGAUUGGAUUCACGGCGACGGCACAACAGACCUGACCAGGGUCUCUCACAUAUAUGGCUUCGAUGUGAUUGAGCGACAUGGGUCUCAAUUCCUGGCGAACAGGAGGCUGUUUGCCAUGUGUGAUGAAGGCAUUCCAGAUGGCAUCAAGUGCGAUGUGCAAGGUAACGUGUACAGCGGUUGUGGUGAUGGACUGCACGUCUGGACAGCAGGUGGGAAACUCAUUGGCAAAGUGAAGGUUCCAGGCGGCUGUGCCAAUUUCUGCUUCCUUCGUGAUGGGGAAAUCGCUCUGUUGAAUGAGGAGAAAUUCUGGAUUGCCAAAGUGGCAUCUCAUGUUGAGGGCGCUUUGCUGAAGAAUAUGAAGAUCACGUAG